AUGGGUCAUCCUCAACCUCCCAGUUUUCUAACAGCAAUGGUUGCUGGAGGCUUGGCAGGUACCAGUGUUGAUGUUGCGCUGUUUCCGAUCGAUACUUUGAAAACGCGACUUCAGGCGCCCGUCGGAUUUCUCAAAGCGGGAGGAUUCAAAGGCAUUUACAACGGUAUCGGUGCGGCUGCGGCUGGAUCGGCUCCCGGUGCCGCUCUCUUCUUUUGCACGUACGAAACACUGAAACCCGUUGUAUUGCGGUGGCAAGAACGAGUUGGGAUUCAGAAUCAGGAUGCCCUUUCCCACAUGAUUGCCGCUUCGGUUGGUGAGGCGGCUGCCUGCUUGGUGCGCGUUCCCACCGAAGUCGUCAAAGCCAAGAUGCAGACCACCGCGGCACCUUUGAGUCUGGCAGACACAGUCCGGGGCGUUCUGAAAGAAAGGCAUGGAGGUAAUCCUUUGGCUAGCGUUACGGGUGGUCUAUACCGAGGAUACGGGAUCACGUUGUUCCGGGAAAUUCCCUUUGCGGUGAUUCAAUUUCCAUUGUACGAAAAAUUUAAGGUAUGGUGGGGUGAUCAACAAGGUACGCCCGUCAGUCCAUGGCAGGCAGCGGCCUGUGGUUCGUUUUCAGGAGCCAUCGCUGCCGCUGUUACAACUCCACUUGAUGUGUUGAAAACGCGGCUCAUGCUUGGCACCGACAAGAACGGCAGAGUCUAUACUGGCGUGAGCGAUGUCCUACGGACUACUUUGGAGGCGGAAGGGAAGACCGCCUUAUUGAACGGAAUCCAACCGCGUGUUAUGUGGAUUUCAAUUGGUGGAUUCGUCUUCUUUGGCGCAUACGAAACCUUCAAAGCCACGGUGUCUCCAGUGCUAGGAUAG